GGGGACGUGGGACACCGCCGGCUCCCGGGGAGUGCCGCCUGUCCCGGAGGGGUGAGGAACGGGGACGCCGCCCUCGCCCCUUGCUGUGUGGGAAUGUGGGCGCUGCCCGGUGUUUUGAGUCUUGCACAGUCUUGAAACAAGUGAUUUCUGUGAACAUCCAUGGAAGAAUAAAAGGAUUUGAAAGCUACAUCCUUGAGAAGUUUGUGUAGUUUUUGUUGCACAGAGAAAUGCUGAAAUUUCAAGAAACUGCUAAGCAUGUCACUGUUGCCAGAUUUAAUUCUGCUUGCUCAGAUGCUGUGAUUGCAAGAAGAUACACUAUUCAAAGGAAACUUGGCAAUGGAAGCUUUGGAAGUGUGUAUUUGGUUAAUGACAGAAAAGCAAAACAAGGAGAAGAAUUAAAGGUCCUAAAGGAAAUCUCUGUUGGAAACCUAAAGCCUAAUGAAACAGUUGAAGCAAAUCUGGAAGCACAGCUACUCUCCAAAUUAGACCAUCCAGCCAUUGUCAAAUUUUAUGCAAGCUUUGUGGAGCGAGAUAGUUUCUGCAUUAUCACUGAGUAUUGUGAGGGUGGAGAUCUAGACUUUAAAAUACAGGAGUACAGAGAUUCUGGGAAGAUGUUCACUCAAAGUCAAGUAAUAGACUGGUUUAUACAGCUGUUACUCGGAGUCAACUACAUGCAUGAAAGACGGAUACUUCACAGGGAUUUGAAAGCCAAGAAUAUAUUUUUGAAAGAUAAUCUUCUUAAAAUUGGAGACUUUGGAGUUUCUUGUCUUUUGAUGGGUUCAUGUGAUCUUGCAACUACUUUUACUGGGACGCCAUACUACAUGAGUCCAGAAGUACUGAAGCACCAGGGAUAUAAUACAAAAUCUGACAUUUGGUCUCUGGGAUGCAUUUUGUACGAGAUGUGCUGUAUGAACCAUGCAUUUACUGGACAGAAUUUUUUGUCUGUUGUGUUAAAAAUUGUGGAAGGUGAAACACCUUCUCUUCCUGAUAGAUAUCCAAGCAAACUGAAUGCUGUGCUAUGCAGUAUGUUAAGUAAGAAUCCUUCACUGAGACCUUCAGCAGCAGAGAUCCUAAAAUCCCCUUAUAUUGAUGAACAACUACAGAAAAUACAGUACAACUUCACAAACAUGACUGUGAAAGACAAGGCACUUAACUGUCAGAAAGAAACUGCUCCCAUCUUUGAUGCUCUGCAGAAGAAAGUUCAUUUGCAAACUCUGCAGGAACUUUCUGAAGUUCAGAAAAUGACACCGCGGGAGCGAAUGAGGCUGAGGAAGUUAAAUGCUGCAGAUGAGAAGGCAAAGAAGUUGAAGCAGCUGGCAGAAGAAAAAUAUCAAGAAAAUAUCAAAAGAAUGCAAGAAUUCAGGUCCCGUAAUUUUCAGCAGCUGAAUGUCAACGUCUUACAUGAAUCUGAUGAGCAGACUUCAAAACACCUCAUUCAUUCUCAGCCAGCCACUAUGGGCAGCUAUGUGUCCACAGGACAGGAUGAACCAAGAGGGAAUGGGACAAGUGAACUCGGCAUGUCUGAACUUACAGACCAUGAGAUCCCUGAAGACCCAGAAAUUGCAGAAGAAUAUUAUAAAGAUGAGUUUGAAUCCUGUUCAGAAGACAGUGAAGAGGAGGAAGAUGCAGAAUUGUCAUGGACAGUCUCUAAGACAAAUCACCAGGACAGUGAUAUGGAGGCAAUGGUUGAGUAUUUGGAGAGUGUCCUGAAUAGCAGCUCAUUGGGCUCGAGGACUGUCACCAGAGUGUCUCCAGGGGUGCCCCAGGGAUUCAGAGCUCUCAACAGUACAAUGGCUGAGACCAAGCUGAAACACAUGAGGGAAUCUGCCAUUGGGAAGCUGGGAGUGGAGGCAUUUGAGGCGGUGUACAGCUGCCUCAAGCAAGCGAGACAGCAGAAUGCCAGUGAGGAGGAGAUCAGGAGCUGUUUGGAGAAACUGGUUUCUAGAGCAAGUGAUUGCUUCGAAGUGGAUCAGCUGCUGUACUUCGAGGAACAGCUACAGGCUUCAGAGCCUCAUCGGCAGCUGUAACAGUGUGUCUGCAACAGCUGGGAAUGGCACCGAGGGGGAAGGGGUCUCCUUCAGGCCAGCAGACAAGUACAGGAGUGUCGCCGGCUGGGGGACUGUGUAAAAAUCACAAACAGGAUGGGACUGCUAAGGGAUGCAUCUCAAGCUGUUUGAUUUUCUAGCAUCAGUCUCAUUACAUGGUUAUGCCAACGGGAAGAUGCCAGCAGCUCGCUUCUCAGGCAGCAGACAAAGAACUUAAUGUUCCAACUUACUUUAAAUGUUUUUUGACCAAUCACACAAAGCCAAAGCAUAGUGUCAGUAGUUCUAUCCAACCACUGUAAGCACACAUACCUUCAGUAGAAACAAUGCUUGCUUAUUUAGAAUACAAUACAUGCUUGUAAGCCUUAGAUCACAAUGCACAGAGCUCCAUUAUUAAGCUUAGAGCUUUCUAAUAUCUCUCUAGAUAUACUUUUCUGUAGCUUAGGGAGUUAUUCUAGACAAGCGUUAACACACACACCAUUGUUCUAUUUGUCCUUACUUUUCUACUUCUUACAUAAUUUUGCUGCUGACAAAUCUUAUGGCUACUGCUUAGCUCUAAUUGCAGUUUUGCUGUCUUUGAGGCCUGCCUUUUGCAGCUUUCCCAAAAUGUUCUGAUUUUAAAGAUUCCCACACAGGAGGUAUUUGGAGGACACUGCUGAGGGUAAUGUAGUACAUAAGCAUGUGGGUAAGCUCCAUUUGAGAGUGCACACUGCAGAGAGAAGUGGGUAAAUAUGGCACUAAUUUCAGGGGCAGGGAGAAGAACAAAUGUUUGUGACAGUGAAGGGAGGAUUCACAGUUACCUACGUCCCCUUCUUCUGCCACUUAAAGCAAAGGAAGGGUGUUCUGGCUGUGGCUGGAUGCCAGUCCUGCACUCAGAGCGUCACUGGCAAAGCUGCCUUUGAUGGAAUGAUGCAGGAUUAGACUCCAGCUGCUGUUGUUGAUUUCUGUGCUAACUCAUCCUUGUGAUACUUAAGCCCAUAAUUUUUGUAGUUUGGCAGAUUUACUCAAACAUAUAUGUAUAUGUUUGGCCACUCAGCCUCUGAUUGUCUUGUAAUUAUUGAUUGUUCAAAAGGGCUGUGUUUAAUCUGAGUUUCAAAGGAACUGUGGACAUACACACCUGUGUGCAUAUUUAUAUACAUAUAUGCAUGCUCACAUACACAGAGAUAGGUGUGUGUAUAUUCAUGAUGGCAGAAAUAUGUCUGGUCAUACACUGUACUUGUCUAAAGAGUUUUGAAUUAAAUUCAUUCUUCAAAAAUGGAACAAUAAACUGAUUGUUUUCUGCCUUGCA